CGCAUGGAGUCGGGGGUGCGCCGCGGCCCGGCCACUGCGCGGGGACCGGCCUCGGCGACCCCGAUGCCAAGGCACGAAUUGGGGGCCGGGGCUGAGGCGCGGGCUCGCGGCCCCGGUGCCGUCGGAGCCCGCCGCUUCCUUCUCUGUCUUUACCUGGUGGGCUUCUUGGAUUUGUUUGGUGUCAGCAUGGUCGUCCCUUUACUGAGCCUUCAUGUCAAGUCUCUUGGAGCAAGUCCAACAGUUGCUGGAAUAGUAGGCUCCUCCUAUGGCAUUCUGCAGCUCUUUUCCAGCACACUGGUGGGCUGCUGGAGUGAUGUGGUUGGAAGACGGUCUUCCUUGCUGGUGUGCAUUCUGUUCAGCGCCCUGGGUUAUCUGAUUCUUGGAGCAUCUACCAAUGUGUUCCUGUUUGCCCUGGCUAGAGUCCCUGUGGGUAUUUUUAAACAUACCCUCUCCAUCUCAAGGGCUCUGCUUUCUGAUCUGGUUGCAGAGAAAGAACGGCCGCUAGUAAUUGGACAAUUCAAUGCGGCAUCUAGUGUGGGCUUCAUCUUAGGCCCCAUGGUUGGUGGAUAUCUUACAGAACUAGAAGAUGGAUUUUAUCUGACAGCCUUCAUCUGUUUCUCGGUCUUCAUCCUCAAUGCUGGUCUGGUUUGGCUGUUUCCCUGGUGCGAAGCGAAGCUCUCCAGUGCAGAGAAAAUCCAGGCAGCGAGGAGGAACUCUGCACCCUGGGGGAGGGGAGAUGGUCACGGGCAGGAAACCGCCACCCCUCCCCGGAGCACAGUCGGCCCCAGACCUGCCAGGCCGCCCUGGCUGGAGUUCACGUCCACACUGCGGGACAUGAAGAACCUGAUAUUUUCCGAGAUGUGGGACCUCUUCGCCGUGCGCUUGCUGAUGGCGGUGGCGGUCAUGCUCUACUACAGUAACUUCGUGCUGGCGCUGGAGGAGCGCUUCGGGGUGCGGCCACGGGCGGCCGGCUACCUCAUCAGCUAUGGCAGCGCGCUGGGCGCCCUGGCCGGCCUGGCGCUGGGGCCCCUGCUGCGGCUGUACCGGCACGACGGCCACGCCCUCCUGCUGCACUCGAGCGCGCUCACCUGCCUGCUGCUGCUGCUGCACGCCUGCGCCCGCUCCGUGCCCGUGGCCGUGCUCUGCUCCUCGCUGCUGGCCGUGUCCACCGCCGUGGGCAGGACCUGCAUCACCGACCUGCAGCUGGCCGCGGGCGGGGCGCAGGCCAGCGGCACGGUCAUCGGCGUGGGGCAGUCCGUGACGGCCGUGGGCCGGAUCAUCGCCCCGCUCCUCUCCGGGCUAGCGCAGGAGGUGAGCCCGUGUGGGCCCCCCAGCCUGGGGGCUGUCCUGGCCCUCGUGGCGAUUUUCCUAAUGUCACUCAACAGAGCCCGCUAUGGUGGUGCCGGUGGUGGGAGUGACAAAUUAAAACGUGAGUAGAGUGGAACUGGAUAGAAGAAACCAACUCUGAGGCCAUGAGGAAGGGACAGCGGCCAAGAAGGGUGGUUCCCCAGCAGGUGCUCUUCGUUGGGAGACUCCCAGGUCCAGCCUGCGGGGUGAUCAGAAGUCAGAGCCUUGUCAAAGGGGAAAGUAUUAAAUCUUAUGUAGAAGUCUCCUCUUCAAACCCUGCCAGUGGGGUUCAGAUUUUCCAGGGGGAAACACUACCAGCUUCAGGACGGGAAGGUGGUGGUGAGAUAACAGAAGGUGAUAG